AUGGUUGAAGAAGAAGAUACAAGCAGCUUGUUAAGGGACAUUGAUGAUGAUGCUGAUGAUGCUGGUGAUGAUGAUGAUGAUGAUGAUGAUGAUGAUGAUGAAACUGUUAGAAGCGUAGGAAGGGUUGGAAAAAAAAAAAAGCUGAUGACGACGAAAAUAUUUGGUCAACUUUUUAUGGAAGAAAAAGGUGGAAGACGUGAACAAGGACGGAGGAAAUAG